GCGCAAGAUAUCCGAGACCAAGAUGUUGCGUCGCUUCGGUUUGCUCUGCUUCCUCGUGGGGGCCCCUCUGAGCUCGGCCUCCAGCGCCGCGGUGCUCAAGAUGGCGGUCACCAAGUCCUCGGACGCCGCCGCCACCUCGACCACCGCCGGCUCGGGAUCUUCGGGCGUCGUGGGGACGGUCUCGGCCGCCGACACCUCGUCGUCCUCGGCGGGCACUGUGGGCACCACCGCCACGACCUCGUCGGCCUCUGGCAGCAGCAGUGGCUGGCACAUGACGGCCGUCACGUCCGUGCAGGCGCGCGUGCAGGGCGACGCCCCCGUGUGGAACGAGGAGGCCAAGCUCUGGCUGUCCAAGUACGGCGACACGACGGAGCUGGCGUACAUGAACAACCUGGACACGGUCAACACGGCGUCCGUGGAGGGCGCGCUCAUGUACGUGCAGGCCGAGGGCAUCAACGUGAACGAGCAGUCGGUCAAGUGCCACCGCAAGAACGACAUGCAGUACGUCGUGUUCUACGAGAUCACCAUCGUGCAGCCGACGUACGGCAUCAAGUACUACGAGAGCCACACGCCUCCGGAGUACGGCGAGUUCGUGGCCAUGGACGGCGCCAAGUGCACGGACGAGGGCGACGACAUUUCCGAAGACUGCAAGGUCUACUACGGUCUGGACGGCCAGAUGGACAUUGGCCCUACCGUGGGAAGCAACCUGCAGACGUCGGACCCGCGCGCCCCGUACCCCGGCAACUACUGGUUCUCAUACCCCAACUCGUGCGCGCAGGAGCUUCGCGCCGACAAGACGGACGAGUGCCGCGCCGAGUACCCUGGCGGUCUGUGCGCCAUGGGUGUUACGCCGGACGGUGAUAACUGCACUUUCAGCUACAAGAUUCUGGGCUACCUGAACAUCGACGACCUGGUCGGCAUCACGGAGAUGGGCUACAGCAACUACACGGAGUUCUGCGAGGACGGUGGCGUGGAGUUCAAGGCCACCAACACCGGCAGUGGCUUCGAGGUGGACGAGGCCAUUGACUUCUGGCUGAACCCGGGUGACGAGGACGCCAACUCGAACCGCACUACCAUCAUGGUGGAGAUGUACAACGAGCUGGCCAAGAAUGGCACGAGCGAGAACAUGGAACCGCUCCCGUCGGUCGAUACGCUGACGUCGGCCAACCCCAAGUGCUACGAGAACAGCGCUGCCUGCGCCAGCUCGCAGUACGGCUGCAACCGCACGCUGUACUCGCAGAUCUGCGCCGUGUGCUCGUCGGAUGCCGACGGUUGCGAGGCCGCUCCCUCGUCCUUCUCGUUCCCGGAGCUGACGCUGCCUUCUAACUCUUCGUCGGACGGCUCGUCGGACUCGACCAAGACCGGCUCCUCGGGCAGCCCGAUGACUGCGACGAUGACGUCUGCCGCUGUGGCCCUCGUGGCCAUGGUCGCCAGCAGCCUGCUGUAAGCGUGUGUAUUUGUACAUGACAUUUGAUGUUCAUGGUACUGCAAACGCCGCCGCUUCGGAGUGGGGAACGGAGCACCCUCGGACUGCUCGGGCCUAGCCACGUUGGCAGCGAUUCGUAGGGCUUGCUACUGUGAAUUCAAAGUAAACUCAAGUUCCGGUAUCG